AUGUCCGAUAUAUGGGAUAUUUGGAAUGGUUCGAUUUAUUUUGCAACUCCGAAAAAGCGGCGCAGCAUUGAGGUGCGAAGGGCGCGAAAAUUUCUUUCUUUGUCUACUUCGCGCCUUUUAGUUCGCUGCUACGACGAGGUGCGUCGAGAAACAAAUGCUCUACGUGCCAGCUUGAAGUCGGUUCGCGAGGGCCUUCCACAUGAUAAUGAGACUCAGUUUCUUUACGACCAGGAAAAUUUUGGCACAUCUGGUGCAUACAUUCAUCGUGUCGAUCGAAAACGACCUUCGUGGUUUCCCGCUAAUCUCCUCGGACUUUCUUCAUCAAACUCUCCCUCUAAGUAG